CUUCGCACACAAUCAUGUCGCUGGCGUUCUUCCGGAGCUUGACCUUGGCGGCGCCCGUCGCGCCGGCACAACAGUUCGUUCGACAUGCCAGUAAGAAGUCUGGUGGUUCGACCAAGAACGGUCGCGACUCUAUCUCCAAGCGUCUUGGUGUCAAGAAGUUCGGUGGCGAAGCUGUUGUUCCAGGCAACAUCAUCAUUCGCCAACGAGGAACCAAGUACCAUCCUGGCAAGGGUGUCGGCAUUGGCCGAGACCACACGUUGUUUGCGACGCGAGAAGGCUAUGUUCGAUUCUGGUGGAACGAACCCAAGAAGUACCAAGAAGUGUCUGUGAACCAAAACCGCGAGCGACAACGCCGUGCCGCUGCCACCCCGGCACCCGUUGUCACAGGCGCGACUCCGAUUGUGCAAAGUGCGUGAACAUGCAGCGCAUGAGCGGGAGCAUCUUCUCCUGUUUCUCCUGUACUAGAUAGCCCAAAUCGAUAAAAAUCGUGUUUAUCACAAAUGGUUGCGCCAGAAUCGGCCUUCUUGGGCGUCGCGAAUCCGUGCCUUUCCUUCCAAGUGUCGCUGGUUCUUUUCUCGAAUUUGCUGGGCAAUGUCUUGGGAUUCUUCAAGGUUGCGGACGCGCGGGGGUGCCGCCUCCGUCAUCAUGGCCAGGGCAGCCACCAUCAUCGCCAGAAGAGUCCAUUGCAUUGUUCGUCGUGGGCUCAAAUAGUCGAGUCGCGCAGUGCAA